AAAUCACGUGAAGGGGAAGGUCUUAUAGGAACUGUACAAGACAAAGAGCAGUCAUUUACAAUCUCCUCUAAUCCUUUCCUAGCCAAUUAUAAUUUAUCUCUCACGUGGGAUUCUUGCUCCCACCACCCCCUCUAAUUUCGUCUUCACACGCUUCAUCUUCUGUAGCUACCCUUCAUCUCUCUCUAUAUAUAUCAAAUUUUCUUAGUAACAAUUUCAUGCUACUGUCAUGGGAGACUCUUCUUCUUCGUCCUCUUCGUCUUCUUCUCCUGCUUCAUACAUUCAUUUGGUGCAGCAUCUGAUCGAGAAGUGUUUGAUAUUUCACAUGAGCAAGGAAGAAUGCAUGGAAGCACUUUCUAAACAUGCAAACAUUAAUCCUAUUAUAACAUCCACUGUGUGGAAUGAGCUAGAGAAGGAAAAUAAGGAAUUCUUUGAGCCUUAUUACAUGAAGUGGAAGGGUAAAGACGAAAGAGUGUCAGAGGAAGAGACAACAGAGAUAAUACAGAGGACGAUCUCAGAGUCAGAUUCCUUUAAAGAUGCAAAAGACAGUUGAAAAGGAUGUCACCUUUGGGUUUUGCUAAAGUUUUAGAUUCUUCAUUCCUUCAACACACGAUAUAUACUACUAUGUCUGGUGAUACCUUGUACAUAUAUUAAUUACAUGGAUGCAUCUAUUAUAUAUUAGCUAUGAUAUGAUGAUUAUACCUACUAAGCUACUUCUCAUGCUUUAUUAUGGAUACGUUAUCCACCUCUUGGCAAAUAACAAAAUGCCACGUCACCCAUGUAAUUUUAUCUCAGAUAUAUAUGUAGCAGUAUUCGUGUAUGUUUUUUUUAUCA